CACUCGUGAGGUGUCUGGAGGGGCGGAGGAGGGACAUCGAGGUGGAUCUGGGCGGGGAGGAGAGCGUGCGGGCCGUGCUGCAGGGGGGCGGCGAGGUGGAGAGGCUGGUGUUUGUGAAUCCGGGCGGGGGCCGGUUCGAUGCGCUGUUUGGGGAUGCGGCGCCUGUGGAGCUGGGGAGGGUGCGGAGGAUGCGGACUCGUGGGUACCCAGCAAGGGUGCUGGGUGUGCGCUGGGAGGCGUUGGAGGAGUUUGAGUUUGAGAUGGGCGAGGAGGAGGCCGGGUACUGCGUCUUGGCGGGGGCGGGGCUGUGUCGCGGCGUGCCGACGUAUGAACAGAAUUUGGAGUGGAUCGGGAAGAUGAGCGCCGUUGGCGUGUUUAGGAGCCGGGUUACCCCCGCGGUGGUGGGCGGAUGGCCGGUGAGACAUGAUGUCAUCCGCGAGUUGUGGGUCGAGGGCGAGGGCGUCGGUGGUUUGUUGGAAUGGCUGGAGCUCCCCAAGCUGGAUGUCCUCGGCGUGCUCGGUGGCGCCGACGCAGCCGCCCUCAAAGCGUUAGUGCGCCGGUCGGGAUGCACCGUCCGGGUCCUCGGCGUGUCACCUGGAGAUGGAAAUGGGCCGAUUCGAGACGUGCUGGAAGAAGCUCGGGACGUGGAGCGGCUCGUUGUCGUGGGCGGACAUCUGGAACAGAAGGAUGAUGAUUUGCGCAAGAUACUCCCCAAGCUCGCACUCGUGAGCUUUCCAAAAUAGGACAGGUCUGAUUGUGUAAUCGGAACUAUUAUAUUGUAUUUUUUUUUUUACACCGCC